UGGUGACUACAAUGAUGAAACAUUAAACGACGACCACAUUCUUUACAGACGCAAACAACGGAAACCCAUGACCGUGAAAUGAACUAUAAAGAUUCUCUAGAGCAUUCGUGCAACGCUUUUUGAGGAAAGAAAAGCAAAGAUUGGUUAACAGUAAAGAGCCCAGUUAAUACCAAAGUGACGGGGCAGAAGCGAAGGGGAUGAAACGUGGAGCUUUAUGAAACGUGGAUCUUAUAAAGUAUUUUCGCGACAAGAUGCUGUGUGAAUCAAAGGGUAACCUUGAGUCAUCGUUUGAACUUACAUACCAGACCAAACGACAACUAACACUCAUCGGAUUCGCUUUGCGUCGAUUUGCCGCUGGUAUUGACUACAUAAUAAUCCUGCCGUCUGUGUAUUUCUAUCUACAAUCGCUGAACGCGAGUUACUAUUUUCUUGGUUUCGUUAUCGCUGGCGACUCGCUGGUCGCCUUUUUCAUCUCGCCAUUCAUCGAGAAGUUGGCAGAGAAAUGGCAGAGGAUACGGUUCCUCGGCUUUGUGGCGAACUUGUUUCAAAUUGCAGGCAGCUUGAUAUACGCCUUGCCCUUGUAUUAUUACAUGCCAUUGAUAGGGCGGCUAGUGUCGGGGUUAGGGCAAGGUUUCAGCGGGGCGUUGUAUUCAGAAGUGAAACGCGUGACUAAUCCAGAGGAACGAAAUCGCGUGAUGAUUUUUAUGGAAGGAGUGCGACUGUUUGGUGUAGUUAUCGGCCCUGGCAUGAAUUUCUUUGUCAAGGACUUUGAUUUGACUUUUGGCCCCUGGAUUAUUGAUCGUCGAACUGCGCCAGGGUUCUUCAUGGCGAUAGUUUGGGCAUUGGCCGAAAUCGUUCAUGUAUUUACAGUCUACGAUUUGAGCUUACAUCCGAACGCCUAUCAUGAAGUACCCAAAGACGACGACACGGAAGAAGAGCAACCUUUUUACCAAAAACCAAGCACUCCUCGCCUAUCUACGACACUUGACGAACCGUCUAAAGUAGAUGGCGAAUCUAAACCGAUCUCUGCCGAAGAUGAGGGACGACGCUCUCCGACGACAGUCUCCCACGAAGAUGAAAGAGGACAAAUUUCGACGACGCCCUCCGAUGAUGAGCAUACGGACAGCUCCGACAACGGCAAACAGAGCGAGGAAAUUCAAGCACUGGAAUCGGAUGACGAGUUUUCAAAACACGUUAGACCGGUUUCCCAAAGCAGUUAUACAAGAAAGCUUGAGGUGUCCACCAGAAACCGCAGCAUACAAGAACUGUUAUUCCGACGCGACGUCAUGAUUAUCUUAGUCUGUCAAUUUAUGAUGUUUUUUAAUCAAACCGCUUUUGAAACAUUGAUGUUGCUUAUUGGCGUAGAACAGUUGGGAUUCAACAUUACCAUUUUAAGUGCCAUCUUUAUUGUUGCUGGUGUCGAAAUGGUUACAGUUAUCAUUGUGGUGUGGUCCGCCAAUAAGUCGUUGGACGCGAAAUAUCUCCUCAUUACCAGUAUCUCAUCUGGUCUUUUGGCUUCAUUUGCGAGGCUUGCUAUCGGAUUUGCCGAAAAACAUUCAACCGGGAGUAUAGUAAUGACCUUGUUGAUGGGAGUUUUUACCAUCAUCGGAACGCCGAUUGUGAGCAUAGCUGGUAAAUCAUUGCUUCCUAAACUGACCAGUCCUGAAACUCACGGAUUUUACCAAAUUGCGUUUGCAACCUCGCAGCAUUUGGGUUUGGUCGCAGGCCCACUUGUUGCAAGUGCUUUGUACACUCAUCUUAUAUUGUUUAGUUCGUUGACUAUAACUGUGUUUCUUAUCGUGUAUCUUAUGUUGCUGCCGACUGUUGAGAAAAUGCAAUUUCCCGCGCACGGGUGUGCUGCAAGCUGACAUUUCAAAGGGUUUGUGUGGCACUCGAAGUAGCGUCUCAAUAUAUGAACUAUGAUUUAGACAUGCGUGUGUAAUGAAUCUUACGACUGCUAAUUCUUCGUGGUUUUAGACAAGAAAUCGAUAUUUGAAUGUUGUAAUAUGUAUAUAUAUAUAUAUAUAUA